GUGCAGUCAACGGAAUGUGCUGCUCCUCAGCCGCUCACUGAACAGAGCAGACGCAGCGGGGAAGUAAGACCUCACGCUUGCAGUACUGGCGAUAUUUGGAAUUUGGAAAAUUGCUAAGAUGGCCAUGCACUAGUGCAAAUAAAAGCAGAAUUGGACACCUGCGAUGCUCGUGCUGUCUCUGCAGUGGCCCGACAGAAUCUAAUUUGAAACAUUCCAUGUAAUUAAUCAGACCCAAAAUGCAAGAGUGACAAAGUAGAAAUGGCAGGGUACAGUUUGAGGUCCUGUAAGGGUCAUAUGGGGAAACGAGGAAGCCGUUUAGGGUUUUUCCAUAAUCUCUGCAUUACAGUCUUCUGUGGAUCCCUGCUUGCCUUGCUCUUCUUUGAUGUAAUUGAAUUGUGGGUAACAUCACUUGGCAUGAGCAGAGAUGAAGGUCCUCAUGGAGAGCUCCUUCCUCAGAGGAUCCCUCCAACCCAUUCCGAGGAGUACCUACUUAUGCCCAGCACCCGGGUAUGCCAACGUGCCAAACCUUACCUCAUCACUUUUGUGACAACUAGUCCUGCCAACAGAAAAGCUCGCCAGGCCAUCCGGGACACCUGGGGUGGUGAGAUAAAAGUGAGGGGCCAGCGAGUCAUGACCCUCUUUAUGGUAGGUCAGCCAUUGGACCUGGUUCUCAGCAAAGAACUGGUCGAAGAGUCCAAGGAGCAUGGGGAUCUGAUACAAGGUCGCUUCAUUGACUCCUAUGGCAACUUGACCCUGAAAACUCUCUCGAUGUUAGGCUGGGCUCGCCGUUUCUGUCCACAAGUACACUAUCUGGCUAAAGUAGAUGACGAUGUAAUGUUCAACCCUAGCGCGCUUCUCCAAUAUCUCGACCUCAAAUUUGAAAUGGAAAAAAACGAUCUCGUAGACCUUUAUCUGGGCCGGGUUCACAUGCGGGUCACACCAAAUCGCAGUCCGGACAGCAAGCACUACAUGUCGGAAACCGCGUACACUGGCAUGGUUUUUCCUGAUUAUUGCAGCGGGACGGCAUAUGUGCUUUCUCGGCCUGCGUUGCUGAAACUGUCGCUAGCAGCUGUAGCCGUACCCUUACCCAAACCGUUGCCCCCUGAGGAUGUGUUUGUGGGUAUAUGUGCCCAUGCAGCGGGCAUUAUGCCCACCCACUCUCCACUCUUCUCUGGAGGACCCGCUGUACCAUACAGUCGUUGUUGCUACCAGACUAUGGUGUCUGUGCACCAUACCAAGCCACAGGACAUGGUUCGUUACUGGACGGAGAUUCACUCCACAGCCCCUUGUUCGUGGUUGGGUGUGCGGACUUCGCUUGGUGUUUGUAAAGUACGAGCACUUCUUGGGAUGCUGUUGGGGAAAGACUGAUGAAAUCAGCACACUGCAUCGUAAAGCCAAAACACAGUAACUAAUGGAACACUGACACUGAGAUAAAUGGCUCCAAAGUUUUUGGAUUGUCCAGCCCAAUAUGGAUUCUAAAAAGUCUCACUCAUGUUUCUCUGAAUCUGGGUAUCAAGUCAACCAGUCUGUCACAGGGCACAUUAAAGUCUAAGAGACAUGAUUUUGUAUCUGAGUUUUGACAAAAUAUUUUAUUUUUUCUCUGUAGGGCAGCGCAGCUCUAUUCCAAAAUCUAGUGUGCUAUGUAGGAAGGCAUCAUUUUAAGGCAUUAUAGUUGUGCUCUUGAAAAGUGGAGCAACUUAUUAGAAUGCAAUAGUGAGUUUUUUUUAAGUAAAAAUCCCAUUUAUCGGAGUAGCUAUUUACAGCCCAAUAGUCUGGUGAAGCCACAGCAAUACACAACAAACUAAACAAUAGAUGUCACUGCAGUGGCGUGGGGUGUAAAGACGGUGUGUGUGAAUGUGUAAUGUUGUCCUAGUGACCGCGGUUCAAAUCAAUGUUUUGUCCCACUCUUUUUCCCAUCCGAUUUACAGUUUCCACUCUCCUUUAAAACUACUUAAAAUAAUAGAUAAAAAUGAAUAUUAAUGUAGAUUUGGUCACGGUGAAUGUCGGAGGAUUCAGAGAAGGGUUUGAUCUGGUCUUUCGAUCACACUUGUUCCUUCGGCUUGGCAUCACUGUAUUACUAAUACUGUAGUUACCAUGUUUUUUGGCAGAAACCGUAGUUUUAAUGCAAUUUACCAUUGUGUUAUUUGUGGUAAUAUAGUAACCAUGGUUCAUUUUGUUGUUACUAUACUUUUACUACAAAAUACCAUGGUGAAACUACAUAAUAACUAUGUUACUGUAAUAAAACCAAUGUUAUUUGUCUAAGGUUAGGUUAAGUUUAGGGGUUAAUGUUGUGUGUCUGUGGGUCUCUAAAUAAACACAAUAAACACACUGCAGUGAUGCUCAUACUAUUUGUUAGUAUUUAAAUAUGGGUGCAAAUAGGAUCUAAAACUAUUUGCACCAUGGUGGAAUUAAUAUUUGCCUUUAAUUUUUCCACAGGCAAAUUGAUUUUUAACGAUAACUCUCAAACCUUUUAAGACAGACCUAUACCAUGAGCUCUGAGGUUGUAAAUCGAAGGUACAGUAUAUGCUGUUAAAGCCAUCAGUCUGUGUUGUUUCAACUUCAGUCUUUAAAAUCAUGUUUAAUAGCAGAAAUCCUGGUGAAGAACUAUACUACCCAUGAUCCUGAAGAGAAAGAUCCACCAUCAGAGAAUCAAAAGAGAUCUGCAGUGGCGCCCACUCCCAUGAUGCACUGUGAAUGAUGCAAUCAAGUCGCUUUCUCUACACUCUCAAACUACUGAUAUAUUUGUAUCUAUCUGAAUAUUUUCUAAUUAAAUUAAAUUACACUGUUUCUAACCUUAGAAUCAGCAACUUUAAAUCAAUAGUUUUAUACAUUUUAAUAGUUUUUAAUUCACAAUGCUUCAUGAGAUUGCAGUUCAUUCCCUCAUUAACAACCAGAGGUGGGUAUAGUAGCCAAAAACUACUCAAGUAAAAGUACAAUUACUUCAAAAACAUAUUUACUCAAGUAGAAUAAAAGUUCUGACAUAAAUAAUUACUUGAGUAAGAGUAAGAAAGUAUCCAAUUAAAAGAUUUCUCAAGUAGUGAGUAACUUGUUACUUUCACAAAUGACAUAAUAGACGUUAACUCCCCUAUAUUCCAUUACAUAAUACACAUUGAACGUACUACAGAAUUAUUAUUAAUAUUAAUGGAAAUUCUGUGAUAAUUCACCAUCAUUUUGUGACUUUCUUCCAUGCAACACAAUAAGGAGAUAUUAGACAGAAUGUUUGCCUGAGUCACUGUUUACUUUCUGUGAAUGUUUUUUUUUUUUAUAUAUAUAUAUAUAUAUAUAUAUUUUGAAAGUGAAUGGUGACUGAGACAGUCAUAUUUUGUGUUCCACAUAAUAUAAAGCCUCACACUGGUUUGGAACACCAUGAGGGUAGAGAAAUUAUGACAGAAUAUUAAAUUAUGGCUGAGCUAUCACUUUAAAGAUAUAAUUCACCCAAAAAUGAAAAUUCUCUCAUCAUUUACUCACCCUCAUGCCAUCCCGGAUGUGUGUGACUUCCUUUUUUCUGCAGAACACAAAUGAAAAUUAAAAAAAAUAUUUUAGCUCUGUAGGCCAAAAUUUUGAUGCUCCAAAAAGCACAUAAAGGCAAUAUAAAAGUAAUCCAUAAAACUCCAGUGGUUUAAUCCAUGUCUUCAGAAGUUAUAUGAUAGGUGUGGGUGAGAAACGGAUCAAUAUUUGUCAUUUUUUGCUAGACAGAAGGGGGCGAUAUGCAGAGAAGAAUGUGAAUCACCAAAAACAAGAAGAUUGUGAAAGUGAUCUGUUUCUCUGUUUCUCAUCCACACCUAUCACAUCACUUCUGAAGAUACUGAUUUAACCACUAGAGUUUUAUGGAUUAUUUUUAUGCUGACUUGUGUUUGUUUAGCUUUAAAAUGUUGCCACCAGAGUAUGUGAGCGGAGCAGCAACAAUUUCCCCUCUGUGCUCAAAGCAUUCUUUAAUCACUCCGCUCCAGCUCCACUCCGGGUUGUCCAUUUACCAUUCCUCGCUCACUCCGCGCUCCUGGAUUAGAGAAACCCCGCUCCUUGUUUGCUCCAUGUCAAAAUUAGCGCCUAACUACCUCUCCACUGUAAAUUCAUUUCAGUAUGCUUUUUAAUAUCACAACCUUCCAUGCAGAAGAUGUAUUAAAUAAAAAAUAAACACUUAAUACUAGAAGAAAAGCUACAAUGUGCUUUAUUAGAACACUAACAUUAGCCCAACUGUGACACAUAUCGGCAGCAUUCUCUGGGUUUCAUCAAUUAAAUAAAUUGCUAGAUGCAAAAAAGCAAAAAAUAAAUAAAAACGUUAAAUUAAAUAUAAAUUACCGAACAAAACUUUUUUUUAUAAAUCGUUACGGAUGUAACCUCCGUUCCCUGAUGGAGGGAACGAGACGUUGUGUCGAAGAAGCGACACUAGGGGUCUCUCUUGAGCCUCUGAUCUAUGAAAAAAGGCCAAUGGGAAUUAGGCAGAAAGUGUUUGCAUACCCUGCCCCGGACAUACAGGUAUAAAAGCGGAGAAAUACGUCAAGUUCUUUCAGGAAUUUUCUGAGGAGCCGGAAAUGAUCCGGCCACUACAGUGCCUCGGCUCAGCGACGUGGCCGGGAGGACACAACGUCUCGUUCCCUCCAUCAGGGAACGGAGGUUACAUCUGUAACCUAGACAUUCCCCGUCUGUCACUCACUUCUAUGUUGUGUUGAAGAAGCGACACUAGGGGUCCAAUUCAAAUCACGCCAUGCACUGAGUCGUGUACGUGUACUGCUGACACAAGAGCAGGCAGGUAUUUUACGUGCAAAGGCGACCAGUUGUGUCAGACUGCACGCACCCUUCCCCAAUGCCCCAUUAAAAGUCAUUAGAAUCCUUUUGGUUACCCUAAGCAGGGGAACAAGGCGACGCUUGCAACCUGGGAACGGGCCGAGCCUAGCCGGGCCUCUUUUCUCUCUAUGUUUCUCACAUAGAGCCAAACGGCUGGGGCCCUUACACGCAUUGUGGGAAGGGGGUCUUACCCAGUUUUCUAUUCUUUCAGGGGGAAAAGACCCUGCAGAGACCACACUUGCCCAGGGACGGGGAGGUAAAGUGGCGAAUACAUCACAUGGGCCAUUCAGGUCACAUGUUGAAACAUGGUGCGUUGGUAGAUCCAGCCUCAAGGAGGGGGGAGAUGCUAAAGCAUGGCGACCGGAGGACAGCUGAAACUGCCUAAGGGAGAUGCGGGUCCACUCGCAAGGGUACUGUACCGUGGAAUAUACACACAGGAGGAGUCCCAGCAGGAGUCCCGACAUGUGGAGCACCCAUUCAAGUACAGGGUAGAUUUGAUUACCAGCAGUGGAUUGGGUCAGCGAAUUCCUCCACCGAAUUGCAGACCCACAGGGCUAGGGAGGAGUCAUCCAGGGAUCUGAAUAUACGUAAUCUCCUGGGAGAGAAAGCGUUGUUAUACCUCGACCAAGGGAAAGGGCGCUAGGUGCAAGCGAUCCACCUGGCCAGUCCAUCAGCGUGUUACCGAGUUCUACCGGCUCGGAUCUGAGAAAACACGGAACGAUACUGACUCAACCCUGAGAUUGUAAAAUCUUGCAAAGGUAUUAGGUGUUGCCCAACCAGCUGGUCUACAUAUGUCUGCCAGGGAGGUGCCCCUGGCCAGUGUCCACGAGGACGCAACACUCGGACGUGCAAGGGGGGGGCACGGCCUGGGUGUGAUAGGCCAAUGAAAUGGCGUCCACCACCAAGUGGGAAAGCCUCUGUUUGGAGACAGCAUUCCCUUUCCGCUGUACACUAAAGCAGACAAAGAGCUGCUCAAGAACGUCUAAAGCUCUGCGUGUGGUCCAAGUAGGUACGCAAAGCACGUACCGGACACAGCAAUGAAGGGGCUGGGUCUGCCUCCUCCCAGGGCAGCGCUUGCAGGUUCACUACCUGGUCUCUGAAGAGCUUGGUAGGAACCUUGGGCACGUAGCUCGGUCGCGGCCUUAGGAUCACAUGUGUGUCUGCCGGACCGAACUCCAGGCAAGUGUCGCUAACAGAGAACACUUGCAGGUCCCCGACCCUCUUGAUGGAGGCGAGCGCGAUCAGCAGGGCAGUCUUUAGAGAGAGGGCCCUGAGUCCAACUGAUUCUAGCGGCUCGAAGGGGUGUCUCUGAAGGCCUGUGAGGACCACUGAGAGAUCCCAGGAGGGGAACAGGCUUGGCCGGGAAGGAUUUAACCUCCGGGCGCCUCUUAGGCACCUGAUGAUUAAGUCAUGCUUACCCAAAGACUUGCCGUCUACUGCAUCGUGGUGGGCCGCGAUAGCAGCAACAUACACCUUCAAGUUGGAAGGGGACAGCCUCCACUCCAACCUCUCCUGCAGGAAUAGGAGCACUGACCUAACUACGCACCUCUGUGGGUCUUCAGUUCGGGAAGAACACCAAUUCACGAAAAAGCGCCACUUCAGGGCAUAACGUUGCCUGGUAGAGGGGGCUCUGGCUUGGCUGAUCGUGUCUACGAUGGCAGGUGGUAGACCAGCUAGAUCUUCGUCCAGUAGGGCUGCAACGAUUCGUCGACGUUGUCGACAAAAAUCGAUAAUAGAAAUAGUCGACAAUGAAUUUCAUUGUCGAAGUUGUCGCCAGACAUGUUUUUUUCCGACCAAGGCACCUCUCUUCAUUACAAUCUCUGCCGAGAGUCGCACAUGCGCAUUAGCGUCUCUGCUGAGUGAUAACAUACAGAAAUGGCGGGGUCCAACGCAGCAGCUGCGCGUACCAAAACAUCUAAAGUUUGGGAGCAUUUUAGCCUGGAUACGGCGAAUAAAAAGAUUACCUGCAUGGUUUGCAAAGCAGUCCUUGCGUAUCACGGCAGCACCUCGGUGAUGCACGAACAUUUAAAGAGAAAGCACGUCGGACAGUUGAAUGAAACAGAGUUUGACUCGCCUCGGUAAGAUUUCGGUUAGAUUUAAAUAACAUGGAAGCUAAUAUGCUGACUUUCCUUAAUAUGAAUAAACUGAACGACAUAGCCUGAGCCUCAUGUUGAUUUUAAACUCGGUCUGUCAACCAUGACAGGUUUGUGUCCAGGUAGUAUCACACAGUCCAUGUUUACAAUUUAAAUUCAGACGACUUUGAAAGCUUAUUUUAAAACCGUUAGAUUUCAUAAUGUUGAGACGAGUUGUAAAGUUCUUUUGCAACAGAUUGACCACUGAAUGUAUCUCACAAAAUGCACUUAAUAUUUUUGUUUACUGUUUUAUUGCUGCCAAUGUGCCUGCCCCUGGUUUACAGGAAGAAAAUGUUUACUUGAUUUUACUUUAUUUUUUCUUAUAAAACAAAUGUGCCUGUCCUUUAUAAAAAUGAUUUGUUUAUUUAUGUAUUAUUUAUGUCUAUACUGACCUAGCACUGUGCCUAAUUGGUUUUAGACAGGGCCUUUUUAUUUACUUUUAGUAUGAAUCGGCCUAUCAGCAGCAAAGUUCAA